GUGUAAAUAUGCAGUGUGAAUGUGUAUCAGGUGUUCUUGAAUAAUUUGGCAGUAUGAUCCUCUCAGGAUGUUGUGGCACAGGUUCACUAGCACUUGGUAAUAAGGGCUCUGCUCUUUGGUAACAUCGAUGGCAUAUUAGAUAGCCGAAAUGGGGAAAAACAAUCGCAAAUAAACACACACAACAAGUAAUCCGAAACGAGAAUGCACUUUCCGGUAUUUAAACUACUCUUUGGAAUGCACGAAUGCCACAGAUUACUACGAAUGCAAACUGCAUGCACCACAACCACAGAGUAUCAAGUUUUAUGCCGGCCCUUCACUUGACAACAAUUUGUCCUUGUCAUGCUUAAUAAGGAAUGAAAAGGACAGACUGAUGUCAUGUUUUAAAAUAUCAAAUACGAAUAGCCAAGUGAAGUGCCGGCAUUAGGAAGAAAGAGUGUUCUGUUUGCAGCGCUGCCAAAAAUUAUACACAUAAAGUGGUAUUUAUUGUCUCAGAUUAUUUUUUAACUUUUUAAUUUAGCUUACUUAACUGGAAGUGUCCGUCACAAUCUAAAUACUGAUAAUUAUCGCAAAAAAUAUACUAAGAAUUAUCAUAAAUGCCAAAUUGGUGUUGGUUCUUAGGCCAAUUUUUACAUUGUCCUUUCAACUCAUUCCGUUUACGAUCUAGAGACAGCUGAUUUCUCGCUUGAUUUGGAUCGCCUGCUUCAGGAUGAUGUAUGCCACUUUUCAAAAUAAUGCAAAGAAACAAAUAAUCUGUUUCAGCAUAGCAAAUUAAUUGGGUUGCCAAAUUCACAAUAAAGGAACAAGUGACAGUUUAAAAAUAUAAAAUAAAACGUAGUUAUAAUAACGUGAGAUCCUCAUAAACAUUAUUGUUAAUGUUUUCCUCUGAUUUUUAAAUUCUUUGUUUCGAUUUUGGCACUUGGCCGAAUCCGAGUAAAACUUUUUAUAUUGUCUCGAAACUAGGUGAUAACGAUAUUUCUGAUUUCAAUUAUAGAAGCUUUAGAAGCAAUCAGACUUACUUAGUUAUUAGCUACAUCAUAGAAUUGUGCUGUCGAUUAUUUUUGGGAAGAGAGCCUUGUAGAGCAGAUCGGCUGAUUUAGGUGACAAUGACUACUGAUAUUUUCCACAGUACAAAACACAGUGAAUAGCACUGCCUUUUGAUGAUCUUGUCUUUCUGUCCAUGAGUAAGGUUCUAGGGUUCCACGUGGUAGGGGAUGGGCUCAAUGCCGACAUGUAGGCAUUGUGCGAGUAUACCCUGGUACCUCAAGUGCUUGGAAAGUAUGGUGACCGCAUCGGCGCAUGGCCCAUUCGCCAUUCAUUGCCUAUUUUUCAGAUAGCUUUUACUUGUGUUAGAUAGAGUAGAGCUUUCUAAGCUUAGGUUCCAAGGUCAAUAUCAAAAAACAAAUAGCAAGAAGUUUGAAUAAGUACUAGGUUAAGUAUAUCAUUCUGAUAUUUACUUAAACAUUGUAUUUUUAAGUAUUAAUUCACAUCAGAAAGUAAACAGCGAAAACUUCUUGCAUUAUUAUGACAAAUAACUGUAACAGUCGCCAUCUUGAUUUGUCAAAUACCACACUCGAUAUUAGAUUAAAAACAAGUUGUUUUCCUUGCUGGCGUUCGGCCUCCUACGAAUUAUUAUUUGCAGUAAAGGCUUUGGACUACGUAAUAGGUUCUCUCACUCGCCAAUUUAACUCAUUCAGUCGACCUCGAGAUCUUGAGGAGAGCGGCUGCUUAACGCCAUUUUGUUUCCCCUGUCAGACUGCGCGCCAAUACUGUGGUAUAGUGUUUUUUCAACUUUUUAAAUUACAAAUUAGUAUUUUGGCGAAGGCGCCCAGUGUAAACGACGUGUAAGUUUAUCCAAGUGACCAAGGAAAUUGAUCCAGUGUUAUCUUUUAGAGCGAUUGUUUUUAGAUCUCGUUUUGUGAUCAGUGCUGCUUGUGUUUUGUUCUUUUACUUUUUAGUUUCUGUCACCUAAAAGCCGGAAGGGACCAUAUAGUCGAUGUAAAUGAAGAUGUGGCUCGUAUGAGUGAUCUGACAGGAGCAGCAGAAAAAUAUCCCCAUGUUCCAAAACUAUGUGAGAAGAUAAAAUUACCGAUGAAACCAAAACGAAAACUAUCACCGAGCUAAUAGUAAUAAAUUUUAUGUGGGGUACCAUAGACCCGGUACCUCGCCCACAUUGUCCAAUGACCGAUGAAACUGGUAUCAAACCAGACAAUGAGGAUGGCGAUAAGGUAGCCCAAGACGAAAGAGCCGAUACCAAAACCGAUACCGAACCGAAGGAACCGAAAGAGACGAAAUCGGUGUCUUUCAAUAGAGACGUACACGUCAAAAGAUUCGGUAAACCGCGUGAAUCGCGGGGCACCUCAUCCGAACAUCAAACGAAACCUGUCAGAAAGGAACCAUUCACUCAUCUCUCUGAACAAGAACUAAUAGAAGAAGCUAACAAAGUCAUAGCUCAAGCUGAUAGCGUCACCUGCACUGCUGACCAUCCACCCGAGAAGUUCUUUUCCUUGCCACAUAGAAGAAAAUUUAAAGAAGACAAGUCACCAAGAAGAAAUAGUGACGACGCUAACUCCGAUAUAGGGACCAAAUCAAAUCUCGGCCGAUCUUCUAGCGAUGUAAGUGCCAAAAGAAAAAAGGAAAGGACAUCACUAUCAACUCUUUUCCGAAGAGCUCAAAGAAAUAAAAGUCCUGAUCUACCAGUGAUAGUUACAACCAAACCGGUCCCUACAGUAAAAAGAAGUAAAAGUGACGUUUCUGACCUGAAAUCCAAUACUGCUUUAAACAAAUCUAAACCUAUUCGUAAAAGAUCUGGGAGUGAAACAGAAGAGUUUCUUAAAUCUUUGCGAAAUAAAAAAUCUCAGUUAUCACCUAUAAUUGAAAGUUCACCAAGGGAAGAUUAUUUCAAAAAAACACCACCAUUAGAAGUAUUUCAAAAGAAAAAAAUAUCUCAGAAAGACAGUGUAAAAAGCGAAGAUUCUAACAAUGAAAGAAAAGUAAAUCCAGUGGAAAAACCUCCUAGGUAUAAGACACCUGAAAGUCAAGUACCAAAGCCACCAGCUAGAACCAAGAGAGCUAAAUCUGCUGAAAAAGACAAAUCACCACCUAUAACAGAUACACCGAAAAGAAAAACAGAUAUCAAGAAAACUUUGUUAGUUGAUGAAAUAGAUGGUAUUAAAGCAAAGGACACAAGUCCAAUAGAAGUAAAAGAUAAGAUUAAAGAAAGCAUAAGAAAAAUUGAAGAAAACGUUUAUGGUAGUAAAGAUAUGAUACAUAGUAGUCAAUUGCCACCUGACAAACCACCACUAACUAGGGGACAUACAGUAGAUCACAUUGUUAGAAUUUUGAAAGAAGAUCAAUCUUCUCCACCAUCGCAUUUGAUUUCACCACCAAACGGCACUAAUACUAAUCAACCGUUCUCGUAUAUUAAACCAAGCCUUAGUCCAGAUCCAAAUCUUUUUGUAAGAACUACCAGUCCCGAAAGAGCACCAUCACCGGUUAAUAAAAUGAAUAAUAAAGGUGUGGUUUAUGCUCAAGUUAUUAGAGAUCAUGGUGACAGUGCCUCUAGUGGACUAGGGAAGCAGACUAUCCAUAAAACGUAUUCCCCGUCAAGAGAAAAAUAUGGUAAUUUUUCUGAUGAAGAUGAAGGAUUGGGUUAUGAAGAAAGAUAUAAACCUUCUAACAACCGCUUUGAUUAUACUAACAGAAUGAAUGAAAAAGAAAACUUUAAUAGUAUUGAAAGUUAUAAAAUCACAGACUCGCCCAUAAAACCAAAGUUCAGGGAGUAUAAACUAACAAGUUUUGAAGAUUUUGAACCUACAUAUGCGAACGAAUAUCCGUCGAAUAAUAACAAAACUCAUGACUAUAUUGAUACCUUUAGGGGAAGAGCUGAUGGUAUGGAUACCAAGAAAAAGGCAUUUGAAAGCGAAAAUAAUAAAAUAGACUUAGACUUUAAUGAACUUAGUCACAGACGUAAACUUUUAGAGUCACGACUCAAUGCCCGAAGAACGGAACGAGAAAGAAUUCAUACAGGCGAGCCAAUCACAAGGUAUUUCCCUGAGACUGAUCCUAUUUACGAAGCCGAAAAACGAAGGCAAGCAACGGAAAAAUAUGUUGACGAGACGGCGCGAUAUUAUCGUCACACAAUGGAAAGAGAUGGUUUUGGUGAAAAUAGUGUUACUGAGGACUACAACAAAUAUGAAUCGGACACUCAUAAGAUAAAGUAUAAUACAGAAUCACGAACAUUUCAAAAAGUACCAAAGGGUGAAGUAGACAGACGUGAAUUUAUAGAUAGUUUAGGCCCUGAUAACAGAUACAGAGACGGAAGAAAAGACUUUCCUCCAGAGCCCGAGUACGAACCUCCUAGUCUUGAAUUGGUUAAUGGUAAACCUGUGCUGACACCAAAUGAAUACAAAGAAAAGAAGUAUAAAGUGAAAAAGAAUUCAAAUUCUAGUCUUGAACUCCUCCAGGGAGGUCAAAAGUAUAAAAGUAAGGAUUCCUGGUUCGGUAAAAGGAAAGGGCAUUAUGCUUCUAAUCCCGAAAUCGCUCAAGAGAGGGAAGAUGAUUAUGCAAAUAUACGUUAUGAAGCAAAGCAUGCCGAAACUUAUCAUAACUCUUUACGACGCAUGAAAAAUAAGGACAAGGAAAAAUAUCCCAAAGAAGACUUCCAGAUACGUCGUCACGGUUCUGGAGAUAGUCGAGACUACUAUAGGGAAGAGAGAUCACCAACGUAUCGAUAUGAUAUUGACAAUCGCUUAGUCGAUUCCGGAAUCGAAAAUGAUUUCCGCAAAGAAUCCAGUGGCGAACUACAUAGGAGAUACAGAAAACAUGAAAGUGAUGACGAUGUACAUAAUACAUCUAUGUUAUUGGCUAGCGAGAGAAGGCAUACAGAAGAUAAUUAUCCCAGUGAGCAAAUUUAUGCCAACGGUGAAUACUUAACAAAGUUUAAAGAUUUCAGGGAAAACAGCUACAGAAAGGAGUACACACCGAGGGAGAGGAGCGCUGACGAUGGAUCACAACUUAUGUCUAAAAGUGACAGAUUUGAAAAAAGCCCAACUGAUGAAAAAGUUAGUGCGAAACCACCUAAAGCAACAAAAAAGCUUUCUGGACUUGAAAAGAUGAAACAGCUGUUCUCUCGCGACUCUUCAAAGAAGAGCAAGAAAGAGAAGGAAGAGGUCCAGCCGAAGGCUGCUCGCACUCGGGUGCUCAAGAGCCCUGAACAUCUUGCUAGAGAUGACUCCGAGUAUAGACGGUACACAGAUCCGGAGCCAAGCGACAUAGUCGUAAAGAAGAUCAACUAUGACUGCCCAGGUGACGAGAGGCGCAUCAGGAGUUCCAGGGAAGACUUGGAUAGGUACAGAAGCUCUGGCAGCCCGGAGAGGAAGUACAGAGAGACUGAUUUUGACGACAGAUACGACAGGACAUUGAAAGAGGAAAGAAGUUAUAAAGAGAGAAAAGAAGAGAAGAGAUACAACUCGUCAGAGAGAGAGAGCGACCACAGGCCCUCGGAUGCGGAGAGCGACCUCAGGAAGCCGAGGUCGAGGACAGCCAGACCGUUAGAUUCACCUGCUUUGGCAGAGCGCUAUAGAGGGAGACGGCGACUGGCGACCCCCAGCCCCACCCCCUCGCCGCCCCGCAGGCAGGCCACCACGUCCAACUGGUUCAAGUCUUUGGACAGACUGACAGCUAAGAAGAAAGGGAAAAGCAUCAAGGAGAAAGAGAGCGCCACAACCCCAGAAGAGGAGCCUCGUAAGGCGUGGGCUAAGACUGCCAAGCCUCUGAAUUCUCCAGCGAAAAACCUAAGAUUCUUCGGUGACACAGACCUCGAGUCAGAUACUAACGUCAAGCAAACCGUCACCAAAACCAGAAGCACACCUAAACCUCACAACACUUUGAGAAAAACCAUCUCAAACUCCAGCACGGGCAUAGACGAGGUAGAUCACAGCGAGCUUUCAGGAAAGAGUUACUCGUUAACGAAUCUCAGAGAAGAGAAGAACGAAUCCCCAAGAACGAAGCAGUACUACAAGAGGAAUCUGAGGAAUAUAUCUGAAAUCAGCAACUCGGAAACCGAGAGUCAAAUGGACAGACGCGUCGGGAAACCCCCUAUAAGUCCUUACGACCGAUCGCGGAGUCACAGCAGCUCUAAAACUCUGAAGGGUAGUAAGGCUGAUCUGAGGCGGCGAACUGAGGAGAGAGGCAGUUCUACGGAGCUGAGAGGAAGCAAACAGGAGCUUUCGAGAGAUUUAAAACAUCGUCGCCGAACUCCAGGUACCAAUUCUGGCGAGAGCAGUACCGAGGGUGACUCGAGUCAUCAGUCGCAGCGCAGCGUCGUCUACUUGCAUGCUACCACCGUCGGCGACAUUCCUGACCCUGGCCGGAUGACACGCAACCGAUCUCGAGACGACGUGUCCUCCGUCAAUUCAUCCAACCUUCAAAUCAGGAGCACAACCAAGACUUUCUCGAUAUUCGCCCCGUGGACACCGAAACACUACGGGGAGCAGCACGACGUCCAUUACGCGCAAAAACCAAGGAAAUCAAAGCCCAGGGAGAUCCAGAAACCAUCAUCUAGAAGCACAGUUGAACGCUCAGAACCACUGCAAAAGCACAAGUCCUACAGCCAAACCACUCUCACGAAACGCCCUCAAAACAGUAGACUGACAAGCUCCAGCAACACUCUUUACAAGAAGGACAAGAAAGAUAUCGACAACAGCACUAUAUCGAGAAGAACACGCGAACGGGACGCGAAAAAGAGUCAGUCCAGCGAAAUCCUCAGCAGACAGAGUGAAAGGGACAGGCUGUCCCGCUCUAUAUCAAUGCCUAAAGACAAUAACAAAAAGGCCGGUUGGUUCAAGCUCUCUAGUAAAAACAAGAAGCCUGAAAUCAACACGAGAGUGCGCUGAGUCAAUAUAAUAGUUUGUGUUAUAUUAAAUUAGUUUUCUAUUAGAUUGAAUGAAAAUUAAAGAUGGUCAAUUAUUUCAUGCUCUCUCUACUGGUCUUUCUUAAGAAAGACAGUCAAUUAGUACAUGAAAUAAUACCUAUCUUCAUUGCAAUUUUACUAAAAUUAUUUAACUAAUACCUUGAAAGCCUUCCGUUUGUAUAAUGCCUUUAAAUAGCCUACCCAUAGUAAGAGAUAAGAUUACCUGAAAAUCUGGCAUAUGGAUCUGAAGGAAAAAUACACUAGGAUCUAUAAUGGAGUGUAUCGAUGUUAUGGAGGUGUAUUGGAUAUUUUUAACUAAUUGCACAGCAGCGCCUCUAGCGGAAACUAGAGUGCUAUUGUGAAACUUAAUUGAUAUUAAAACUAUCAAAGCACCUUCGUUCUUCACAAAAUAAUAUACAUAAUUUUAAUUGUAUAAAUACCAUAAACAAAUAAACGUCAACGGUGUAAAAGUUUUUGUUUAAAAAAUGACUACUGAGCAGGCUGCCUUGUCUAUGGUCGAUGCUUAAGAACUUUGCCGGUGUGUUAUACCUGAAGAAGAAUUAAUUAUUCCUCAGCCCGUCUGACUGUGGGUAGGAUAUUUGAAUAGGCCGCUAGUAAGUAGUGGUUAUGAGUCAUCUUAGUGUGCCAUCGACCACGUGUAAUGUUUGAAUGUUACCAUUUUUUUAUGUUUUCCGACAAGCAUGUCGACUUAUCUGACCCGUAACGUUAAUGCGGAAAAUUGAUUACAUUUAUUAAGUUUUUGUCGUUACAAUUUAGAUUUAUAUAUAUAUAUCUGUACCUAUAAUCAUGGCUUAUGUGCCAUAAUUAUUAUGUUGUAACUAAAUGUAAAGAUUCGCUAUAAUAAUAGGGAUGAUGGCUAUUUUUUUCUUUGUCUGUCAGUUUAUUAAAAAGUAUUGAACACUUAUUUUUUCUGGGUCGGUGUCAUCUACCCAGGUCGUCCCGCCCGGUUAACGGGACAAUUGGGAAAAAUGUUCCAUCGACCCCGGUAGCCCCGACUCCGUCGUUAACGGGGUGAAUGGCACAGAUCAAGUAUCAUCGACCCCGGUGUGUUUUUAAAACGGGGCGAAUAGCAGACUUACGUAGCUUUGGCUUAUGCUAACUGCUCCAUUAGGAGUUGUAUUGUUUUUUACAAACACAUUCCUCGCUACGCGUACUAUUUCAACUUUCUACCAUACCUCUCUUGUGGAAUCAGGCUAUGUUUCCCCCAGAGAUGUGGGAGGACGCGUAGCGAGGAAUUUAGUACUUGAUCUGUGCCAUCCACCCUGUUAAAUGGGGGCUACCGGGGUCAAUGGAACAUUUUUUCCCAACUGUCCCGCUAACGUGUUGAGAUGACCCGGGUGGAUGGUAGCGAAUCUUUUUUCUUUAUUCACAUAAUCAAAACAUUAUGAAAAUAAAUUAAUUUAAAAUGUCGCAUCUUGUUACAAUUUUUACUUAGAAGUGACGUCACGACUCGUAAACUUUGACGCGCUUUCUUUGUCGUUUUUGGGUUGAUUGACAAAAGUAAAAAUAUGUGUCCAUUAUUUUUUGAUAAUCUUACUGACGGACUAAAUAGAAUUUCGUUUAAUCUACCCCGUCAUCAUGCCUGUUUGCAUGUAAAUACAUGUCAUACAUGUCUCGUCUGUCGUCUCGUUUACAAACUUCUACCAUCAUGCGUAUGCAACAUGAUUUAUCCUAUAAUUUGACUGCUUCUCGGAAACUUAGUCAUUGUAAUUUUUACAAUUUCGUUUUAUAUAACUACUAAAAUGCUUAUUCUUUACUAACUUACCUUUGUCUUUUGAAAGUACUAUGUAUUUGAUGGAAUGUUUUCAAUUUCAUCGAGCAUUUCGGUCUGCAAUACGAAACCCUCCAUAGAAAUUUCUGAAUUUGAAUUUAAUACAGAUCUCCUUAGCUUUAAGGAUGUAUAACAAGUAUAGAAAUAUACUUAACGGAGUUAAGUUUUGAAUAUAAAUUGGUGCCUAUAUAAUGAAAAAAUGUAAUGGUUCAUACUCACACGCUAUACCUACCUAUUAUUAUACUCGUUACACUUUGAAACGUGGAAAUAAAGAAGGUAUGAAAAACCUUUUUAAAGUACGCGUUAAAUUAAAAUGUUAUAUCUCUAAAGCGAGUAAAAAUCAAUGCGUCCUCCGAACGAGCCUUCGAAUUGCGAGUUGCGCGGUCCACACGUUGAUAAUUGAAGUAAUAACUUCUUAUGGGAAGGUAAACCGCUUCGUUACGUAACGCGUUACGGCGCCAGUCUUUAACGGUAGGCAAGUUCCUACUCUUACCCGCAGCCCUGCUUUAAUUAGUUAAAGUUAUCACUUUUUUUACUCGCUUUAGAAUAAAACUAACGAGUAAUACUGUAUGUGAAUACUGACCUUUAACUUGGUAAAUUUUAAAUAGUAGCCACCAUAGUCGAAAAAGGAAUGAACUGUACUUGAAUUUUAUUCGGACACCGUGAUCAUCAGUAAGGUAGUGGCAAGAAAAUUCUUUUCUUAUAAUACUUUCAUAAUAAGUACGAACAAGAGCUUUACUUACAGUCUAGUAAUCCAAAAAUAUCAAGUUUGCCUUUUUGAUAAAUAUUUUUUAUCCUUAACGCAAUUGGCAUAAAGUUCAAAAUCGGAAUCUUCACAUUUUGAGAUUGCUGAGAAUGUUUAUAUCAACGCAGCCACCAUUUACUACACCUACUCACUCCUUGUGAUAUUUAAAAAAAACAAGUGAUUAAUUAUGAAUAUAUUAAUUUAUGUUACGAAUAAUUUUACUUCUCAUAAAAUUAAUCAAUGUAUUGUCGAUUUAGAAAUAAAUGUUUAAUAUUAAUUUAUGUGAAUAUUUAUUUUUCUUACUCAGAAAAUACCAUAUUGUGGGUCAAAAUCAGAGUAGUGAGCAUUUUAGGUUUUCAAAUACCUACCUAUCCGAGUAAGUUUCAUUUUGAUAAUAAAACAGAACUUGUGUCAUUUAGUCAGGAUCUAUUCUGUGAAGAGGUGCGUUCAAUAAUAUAUUUUUCGAAAUUCUACCUGUUAAUAAGAAUACAUUUCAACAUAUUUAUCACUUGCGAUAGUUCGGUUGUACACGUCAGCGUCUUCCACUAUUGAACCUCACCUUUGACCUAGUCUUGUGUCAGAUCGGUGUUGACAAGAAAAAAAAGUAAUGUUACUGUUAUAUUUUUAGUUUUUUUAACAUGAUCGAGCAGUUAGCUCGAUGUUUAAAUCGAAAGAAAAUUAUACUAGAAAAAAAUCCACUCGGACCAGCAGACGGGACUCAAGCCCGCACCCUUUGCUAUCCGGGCGAAUGCUCUGACCAUUAUGCUACCGCGGCACUGAUGGCCGUGUCGAAUUUUUACCUAGCUCUUCUUAAACUGCAAGGCAGCGUCAUCUCUUCGCAUUGUAGGUAACCCACAAUGUCAAAUGAAUAUCUUUACAAGUAUUAAACAUUUUAAAAAGAAAUAGCAAUUAUAGUUAUAUUUUUAUUUUUUUAAGUAACUGCUAGAUGUUGAAAUCGAAAAAAAGAAAAAGCUUUUUCAUUACCAGCGAUAUUAAACAAAACAUUUUUUUCCAUUUUCAUAACCAAAACCUCUUAGCCAUGUAUGGUCUCGAAUAAUGUUCUUUUACACGUAACACUAAAAUGAGAACAUUUAAGAUUUAAAAAAACAAUGAGAAGAUAAAUUCCAAUUACUUAAAUGCAUCAUGGAAUUUAUUUUUUAUUCGAGGUUAACUAAAAAGUUUCAUCAUUUCGUUCUACCGGAAUAAAGUACAAUCACAAACUUCAGCUUCUCACCAACACCGAUCUACUGACACAAGGUGAGGUUCAACAGUCCGAGUAACCUGUACAACCGAACUAUGUCAACUGAAAAGUUUCAGUAGUUUUGUCUACCGGACUCAGUAGUCCUCUCAGUAGAAGGAAACAGUUAUCAAGGGUGGUACCACAACAACCCGUUCCAAAACACGGACUAAAGUUAGUCUUGGUUUAAACCUAAUGUUGUCUCUGUCUUCUUUUUAGCAUACAAAAGUUACAGCACCAGUUUUAGUCCAGGUUUAACUUUAAUCUACAUUUUUUAUUAAGGCGGUAAGUUAAUAUUUAAAAUUAUGCUACAUGUAGACAUAAUCUAUUAGAAAUAUCAAGUAAAACUAUCUGCAGAAAAUGUUUAGGCUCUACCGAUUUGUAAUAGGCAAUUUGUAAUUACUUAGUAACUACAUACUCGUGGCUCUACUAAUUUGUAGUAAUUCUAAGGUAUGUGUGAAUGAAACAACUUACUCGCAGUUAGGGUUACUAUUUAAAUUUUUUUAAAGUCCUGACAAAAAGCCGGACAUUUCGAUAUAAGUCCGGACAUUUUAGUCACAAAAUGCAAACAUCACCCACUUAGUUACAGUGAUAUUUAUCAUACUCUUUAUUGCAUCAUAUAGUUUAAAACAUAUAGUCAAAUACAUAGUAAGCAAAGGUGGGCUUAUCUCUAAAAGAGAUCUCUUCCAGGCAAUCUAGGUGGUGUCGGAGAUUCAAAACUUAGCGGGAAACAGAAAGAUAUUACGC